GCUGUCACUGGCUUGUUUCAUGUCUUUCCCUCCGUAGCAGGCGUCUACCUUUACCUUUCUCUUCCUCCGGGCAGCGCUUGUUCUCCGAGGCCCGAGGGCCGCACAGCAUGAAGCGGGCACCAUGGGCUUUCUGGAAAACUACCAGGAAAUUGACCCUGUCACUUUGAACCUUUGCAUCCUCAUCGCCAGCUAUGUUAUCUUGCUCCUGGUCUUCCUGAUAUCCUGUAUUAUGUACGACUGCCGGGGCAAAGAUCCAACCAAGGAGUACGCCCCGGAUCCUCAGCCUACCCAAUCUCCCAUCAGACUGGUUGUUAUGCAGAAUUCUCCGGCCCCGGUGGGACGAUGGGACACAACCAACAUGAUCACCACUUACCAUGAGCCACCUCAUUCAGACUUCAGAGAGAAGAAGAGCACGAUGGUCUGAGAGGAUUUCAGGACUAGCUAUUUCCACGGACUAAGCUUUGUACAUACUGGACUUCUUUUUGUACAUAAAAAACCUUUUUACAUUCACUUUUUAAGAUUUUUUUUUUUCUAUCUCUCUGUCCGCUGCUGGCUGGGACAAUGCUAGGAAUUGACCUGCACAAGACAAGACUUA